CUCACGGCUGCUUGACUUCCUCCCAGCACAUUCCUGCACUCUGCCCGCGUCCACACUGCCCUGCAGACCUGGCCCCCUGAGCCCACCACAGCCUCCAUCCCUGCUGGCCUCUGGUCCCACUGGCCCCCCAGAUGCCUGGCUGAGACCCAGCAGUGGCCCGUGAGCCAACGCCUUCUCCUGGCCCCCCGAGGUUGGCGCUGCAGUGGACAACUCCCUGGACACGAGGCAGCUAACAGGGAGGUGUCGGGAGCUGGGACCAAGCCUUGGCUGAGAGCAGGUUCCUUGGCAUUUAGGAGCAAGCCACAGCCACCGGCCCAAGCCACAGCGGCAUGGGCAGCGCCAGCCCUGGCCUGAGCAGCGUGUCCCCCAGCCGCCUCCUGCUGCCUCCCGACACGGUUCUGCGGGCGGGCCUGGAAAAGGUGGCGGCAGGGGCGGCAGGGUCCGAGAGACGGGACUGGAGCCCCAGCCCCCCUGCCACGCCUGAGCAGGGCCUGUCGGCCUUCUACCUCUCCUACUUUGACAUGCUGUACCCUGAGGACGGCAGCUGGGCCGCCAAGGGCCCCGGGGCCAGCGCUCGCGAGGAGCCCUCGGAGGAGCCCGAGCAGUGCCCGGUCAUCGACAGCCAAGCCCCUGGGGGCAGCCUGGACUUGGCCCCAGCGGGGCUGGCCCUGGAGGAACACUCCCUGGAGCAGGUGCAGUCCAUGGUGGUGGGCGAGGUGCUGAAGGACAUCGAGACGGCCUGUAAGCUGCUCAACAUCACGGCAGACCCUGUGGACUGGAGCCCUGGCAACGUGCAGAAGUGGCUCCUGUGGACGGAGCACCAGUACCGGCUGCCGCCCGUGGGCAAAGCCUUCCAGGAGCUGGGGGGCAAGGAACUGUGCGCCAUGUCGGAGGAGCAGUUCCGCCAGCGCUCCCCUCUGGGUGGCGAUGUGCUGCACGCCCACCUGGACAUCUGGAAAUCAGCGGCCUGGAUGAAAGAGAGGACUUCUCCCGGGACCGUCCACUACUGCGCCUCGACCAGCGAGGACAGCUGGACCGACAGUGAGGUGGACUCAUCCUGCUCCGGGCAGCCCAUUCACCUGUGGCAAUUCCUCAAGGAGCUGCUACUCAAGCCCCAGAGCUACGGCCGCUUCAUCCGGUGGCUCAACAAGGAGAAGGGCAUCUUCAAAAUCGAGGACUCCGCACAGGUGGCCCGGCUGUGGGGCAUCCGCAAGAACCGGCCCGCCAUGAACUACGACAAGCUGAGUCGCUCCAUCCGCCAGUAUUACAAGAAGGGCAUCAUCCGGAAGCCGGACAUCUCCCAGCGCCUCGUCUACCAGUUUGUGCACCCCAUCUGAGGGCUGCGGGCCAGGCCCUGGGCCGAAACUCGCCCUCACCAGCCCUCCCUCCCACCCACCCCUGCCUCUGCCAGAGCCUGAGCUGAGGGAGAGGGCAGUCGGCGGGCAUCGGAGUCCGAGGUCAGGGAGGGGACAGCCCACGGCCCCAGGAGUCUAAGUGAGCUCUCCAGGGCCCCAGGGACCCCAGGGUGGGGAUGCUUCCUCCUCGGGCCUGACUGCUCAUGUGCCCGGUCCACUGGAGGAUGGUAGGAGCCAGGGCCGUCCUCAGUGUUCACGGCUCCCCCAGGGAAGGCCGUCCCUCCGCCCCAGUUCCUGACCCCAGAAUUUCCAGAGCAGAGCCAGCCGAAUGGCAGUGACUUAGCCAAGGCCACUCACAGUCCAAUGCUCCCUGCCACCUAUUCUGCACCAUGCUUGGCGUGGUGCUGGGACACGUCUGCACCCAAGUUGGGAAGCCAGGGGUGCUCCUGGGAACGGGUAAUAAAGAUACUAGAGAGCCGACACGGCCCGUGUCUGUGCAGCGAGUGAAUGGCACAGCCCCGAGGUCACCAAUGCUCAGGGUGAUUGUGGUCACAGUGGCCUUGGGGUGGUCAAAGGAGGCUUCCUGGGGGAAGCGGCAUUGAGCUGAGCCUACAAGGAAAGGGAUCAUUGAUUGGUAGAAGCUGUGGGAGA